AUGGAUGAUGCAAUGCAUUUAACAAAGUAUUCAAGUUGCCAGUAUUUGAAGAGGAAGGCCAUGAGAAGGAAGACUGCACAGUCAUCAAUAUGCAGAGUUCUCCCAAAUCUUGGGAUGGAAAUGGCCAAUCAUGUAAGGUGGGAGAGGCUAUCUAUAGUAAGAGAAAUGAGUCGAAAACAGAUUCAUCCUGAGGUCACUAACAACCAGCUGUUGGAACUCAUGCAAGCCAUGAGAGAAGACAUGUCAAAGAACAAACAGCAAACGGAUGCGCGGUUAGAAUCAAUGUCGGUCGAUAACGCAGCACUCCGCGAAGAGGUUUCGCAGCUGAGAAGCCAAACCACUUCCCAAGGCCAUGAUCCCACUUCAGUCCGAAUUCCACCUUUUCCUCGCCUUGAGCAAACACCACCUCCUAGAGACCCUUUGCCUUAUCCUUUGAGUGCCCAGUUUGUUCCCGGGAGUACCCUCGGGGGAUAUGAUACUUCUACUUCACGGGGUAAGGGACCUGCGACAGAAGAAAUUCAGCAAAAUGUUAACAGGGAUGCCCCUGUAGAUUUGACCGGUUCUCCAAGAAGUAGACUCCCACAGCCAUCACGUUUUCCUGCUGCACCUUUCGCGGGACCCACUAUCGCUUCAGUCGCCCAAGCUGCGAUGGCCAAGCAGAUCAUCGAACUACGGGGAGAUAUAGAUAAAUUGACUAAAGCACCUCCUGCUUUGGCCAAAAUUAAUGCCAAUUGCUAUACGGGAUCACCGUUUGUGGACAAUAUAUACCAAACGGAUCUGCCGCACAGGUUCAGCGUCCCGAGCAUGAAGUUAUAUAACGGGACUGAUGACCCCGAGGAUCACGUGGCUCACUACAAGUUAAAGAUGGGCGCUAUCGCCAUACCGUACGGCAUGCACGAGACGUGCAUGUGUGAAGGUUUCGGAUCGACUCUUACCGGUCCGGCUCUGCGUUGGUACAUCAACUUACCCAACGGCAGUAUUGCUUCUUUCGAGAAGCUAAUCGAGACGUUCAUGGUGCAAUUCUCGAGCAGUUGGAAGAUUCAUAAGUGCUCUGAUGAUUUAUACCGACUGCCCCAACGAGUGGGAGAAUCUCUCCGUGACUUCCUGUCAAGAUUCAACACGGAGAAAGUAUCUAUACCCUAUUGUGACCCAGGAACAACUAUUCAAGCGCUCCGGAGUUGUUUACUCCCAGAUGGGGAGUUUUAUGAAGAACUCACAAAAUGUGAUGUUAGGAGUUAUGAAGAAGCUCUGAUGAAAGCUACUGUAUUUGUUCGCUGGGAGGAGGAUGCGAGGAGAAAGCCAGUUAAUCCUCCUAAAGAAGAGAAACGAGAGGACAAACGUCCUAGGAAAGUUCAAUCCACCUUUGGCGAGCCCAGCAGUAACUGGCGCUCCCGCAAAUCUGGAGCAUCAGAUUAUGCGAAAAACUGUCCCGAGUACCCUCUUAAGAUACACCAAGUCGAGGCUGUACAAGUCUUGAAAAAGAUGGGCAGCGAGGUGAAGUGGCCGCCUAAGAAAGAGACCGAAGGAUGGAAAGACCCCAAGAAGUGGUGUGACUUUCAUCAGGACAUUGGCCACACUACUCCUGAUUGCAGAGGACUUAGAUACGAAGUGGAUUACCUGCUGAAAAGAGGUCACCUCAGAGAGUUGCUUUCUGAGCGCGGUAGAGCAAUCUGGGAAAAGAGGAAAGUUGAUGACCCAGAAGCAUUGCCCCCGCCGCCACCAAUUACUCAAACUUAUUGUGUGAUUUCUGGGGGAUCAGAGAUCAGUGGAUUGUCCCACACCUCUGCCAAGAAGCACGAGAAGGAAGCAGCAAACCCCGCUGCUAGAAUGGCACGUUCCCUUGGAACUUUCACUAAUCAGGUGAUGGUCUUCGCGGAUGAUGAAGCUACCCAACUGUUACACCCGCACCAUGAUGCUUUGGUGCUCACACUUCAGGUUGCAAACAUCAACCUGAAGCGAAUUUUAAUUGACAAUGGGAGUUCCGCCAAUGUGUUGUUCUUGGCUGCCUACAAAGGAAUGGGCCUAGAUGAGACCUUGAUAUUACGGAAGUCAACGGCUCUUAUCGGGUUCAAUGGUGAGGUGAGCCAUUCAGUGGGAGAAGUUGUGUUACCCAUCUAUGCUCCAGGGUUGAACAAGCAGACUCGGUUUUCCAUCGUAGAUUCACCCUCUGCUUAUAAUGCUAUUUUAGGACGACCUUGGUUGCACGCGAUACGGGCCGUACCUUCCACAUAUCAUCAAAUCCUGCGCUAUCCUACCAAUAAUGGCGUUAGGGAGAUUUUGGGAGAUCAACACUCUUCUAGGAGUUGUUAUAAAACCACCAUGAGGAGCAAGGGAGAAUCUUCGUAG